CAAUAUACAUAUGUAUAUAAAUAAUCAGUGUGUAUACAACUUGUGAUUUGAAAAAAAAAAAAACAAAAUUUAAAACUCAAUUAAAAGUGACUUAAAGAAUUACCAUAUCAACAUUCUCCAAGAAGAAUCUUAUUUUAUAUCGGGUGUCAUGACGGCUGUAGCUGAUGCGUCAGCGCGGUAAAAGGGAACGGCUCUGGCGUAUGGUGCUAAUUCGACCGUUCCCCCAACUGAAAGCAGAAGAACUCAGUUGUAUCAUCCAUCGCACACAAACCUGAUCGGCGCCCACAAAAACCUGAUGGUGUUGACUUUCGAAGAUGCCUUCAGCAAACUCCGAAGACUUGCGACGAAAGUUUCUAGUUGUACAACAGCAACGAUCCGCACCGCCCAACCUGACCAGCGACAGCCUAGCACAGGCACAGCACCUCACAAUGCUGUCGAAUGCCCCGACAAUGGUGAUAUCGUCGACCGGUGGGGAGCCGGAGCGCACCUAUGUUUUUCCAGGCACGCAUCAGGUGGGCAAUACGGCCACGGGUGCCAUUCCCGGUGGGCCAGGAAUACCCGGCGUGGCUAUCGUUUCCAGCCAUCCAACUACCACGCUAAACCCGGGCGGCUCGUCGCGAGGCGGACACGCGCGAUCUGUCAGCCAUGGCGGUGGCGCUAUUGUCGCCGUCGGAGCCGGCGGUCGGCCCAUAAAAUCGGCGAUGAAGGGACACCAGCGUGCCUUCUCGCAGGGUCAAAUUACGGACUCGCCGCCGGGUAGUGCUGUGCCCGCGGGCCGUGGCCACAGUCGGGUCGGUUCGAAGACGGACUUUAUCCUUCCGCCCGGACACAAGGACGAGCCGGUCAGGGAACGCGAAUUCGGACCGUCGGCGCCAAACUCGGCGACCGGCGGUCGCGGCCACUCUCGACAGGCUUCCCGCUCCGAGUCGAUAUACACGCUGCGUCGCACCGAGGCGCCGCCCUGGUGGAAACGCCUCAGCCUAUGCAACUACGAUAGCAAUGACAAAUUCGAGGAGCGCUGCUACAGAAUGGUGGUGCCCAACCACACGGUGCCGCCGAAGACACCCAAGCGAGAGCAUCCCAAUGGCCAGUUUGUCGGCAAUAAGAUACGCACAACAAAAUACACGCUGCUCUCGUUCAUACCAAAAAAUCUGCUGGAACAGUUCCAUCGCGUUGCCAAUCUGUACUUCAUUUUUAUUGUUUUGCUCAACUGGGUGCCGGCCAUCAAUGCCUUUGGCAAGGAGGUGGCCAUGAUUCCGGUCAUCUUUGUGCUGGGCGUAACGGCCGUCAAGGAUUUGUUCGAGGACCGGCGUCGUCGAGCGUCAGAUAAGCGCAUUAAUAAUACGACUUGCCGCGUGUAUGACGGGGAGACGGAGCGAUAUAAGAAAGUUAAGUGGCAAGAUUUGCGUGUCGGGGACAUUGUCCAUCUGUCCAACAACGAGACGGUGCCCGCGGAUAUUCUGCUGCUACGCACCAGCGAUCCCCAUGGGGUCUGCUACAUUGACACGUGCGACUUGGACGGAGAAACGAAUCUAAAGCGACGCGAGGUUGUACGCGGCUUUGCGGAAAUGCAGAACAUGUUUGUCCCCAGCAAGUUUAUGAGCUGCGUGGAGGCGGAUGCGCCAACAACAAAGCUUUAUAGAUUUCACGGGGCCUUAAUACAUCCAACUGGGGAGCGAGUACCAAUAUCGACCGAGUGCCUUUUGUUAAGAGAGAGCAGACUGAAGAAUACGGACUACAUUGAAGGCAUCGUCGUCUAUGCCGGGCAUGAAACAAAGUCCAUGCUGAACAACAGUGGCCCAAGGUACAAGCGCUCCCAGGUGGAACAGCAAAUGAAUAUUGAUGUGAUAUGGUGUGUGAUAAUAUUGUUGAUCCUUUGCGUUGUUGGCGCCAUCGGUUGCACAAUGUGGUUGCGUUCGUUUGUUAAUUUUCCCGUACCCUAUUUGCCGUUUGCCGUCGAUGCUGCCUACGAGGGCAUGCUGACCUUUUGGACGUACAUCAUCAUACUGCAAGUGAUGAUACCGCUUUCCCUGUACGUGACUAUUGAGCUGUGCAAGAUACUGCAGGUGUUCCACAUACACAACAACAUCGAUCUGUACGACGCGGACACCAACAAGCAAACGGAAUGCCGUGCCAUGAACAUAACUGAGGAGCUGGGUCAGAUACAGCACAUCUUUUCCGAUAAGACGGGCACGUUGACCGAGAACAAGAUGAUCUUUCGUCGCUGCGUGGUUAACGGUGCCGAUUACAACCAUCCGCCGUCUGAGCUGGAAAAGCUGUACGCUAAGCCGGGAGCGCCGGCCCCCCCACUUGUGCCCAACGAGACGCUGCAGGACGAUAUGCAAAGACUGACUGGUGCUGGCGGGGGCGCCUACCUGACGCCCCACGCGCAGUGCAUACAGGAGUUCCUUGUCGUGCUGGCUAUCUGUAAUACAGUCAUCGUGAGUGCGGCGCCACAUCGAGAUUUGAUGAACGCCAGCGGCAUCAUCGAGUUGCAACAAAGCGGCAGCAGUCCGGCGACGGGCUCCUCGCCCUCCGUUAUGAAGCAUUUAAGGUCGCGAGCAAAGCUAACGUCCACGACAACGACGUCAACAACAACAACUCUAAUAAGCGGAGUGCCGCAGGCCGGAACUAUGGCAUUGCCAACAGAUCGUUAUACACGGCUGGCCGAGUCGCGCUCUGUGACUCCGUCGCCACCUCCUAAUCUACUGUUUGCCAUGCCCGCUCAAAGCCACCAGCCCACGCUUUCGCCGAUUAGCAGCUCGCCAGAGUCGACGCCCAAUUCGGAGUCGCCAUCGCCCCCAAUGAAAAGUAAGGCGCUGUCCAACAGUAUUUCACCAACUGGUCGCGCCAAGGCUGUCAUCAAUUCCAAAAUCACCAGCAUAGCCACAUUCUUAAAUGCCAAGACGCAAGGCAAGCGCCUGAAGAUAAACCAAACUAAGACGCAAACAAUCUACCGAACCGCCGACGGGCGCCCUCUGUACGAGGCGGAGAGUCCAGACGAGCUAGCGCUAGUCAAUGCCGCAUAUAGCUAUGACUGUUGUCUGCUGAAUCGCAGUCCGAAUCACAUCCUUGUGAGCAUGCCAACGGCUGGCGCCACCGUUGAGUAUGAGAUCCUUAAAAUACUGCCCUUCGAUUCAAGCCGCAAAUGCAUGUCAAUAGUUGUCCGGCAAACAGGCACCCAGGAGAUUGUCCUCUACACAAAGGGUGCCGAUAGCUCUAUCAUGCCCGUGCUGGCACCUUGCGGCAACAACAGCCCCGAAGGCUUGCUUCGUGAGCAGACGCAGCAGCAGCUGGAUCGCUAUGCUCGGGAGGGUCUUCGAAUUCUGGUGAUGGCAAAGCGGAGCCUUAAUGCUGCGGACUAUACGGACUGGUGGGCGCGCCAUCAGGAGAUUGAAAUGUCGUUGGAGAAUCGAGAGAGACGACUGCGCGACUCAUUCGCCAAACUGGAGUGCAAUCUGACGCUUUUGGGAGCCACUGGCAUUGAGGAUCGCCUACAGGAUGGUGUGCCCGAAACGAUAGCUUCGCUACUCUCGGCGGGAAUUUCCAUGUGGGUGUUGACAGGUGACAAGCCAGAGACGGCAAUCAACAUUGCCUACUCGGCAAAACUCUUCACGCAGCAAAUGGAGCUAAUCAAGCUAACCGCUCGCUCUCGAGAUGCUGCUGAGACAGCCAUAAAUUUCUUUUUGACCGAAAUGAGGAAUGCAAAGGCGACAAACUCCACGGGCUACAUCUUAGCGCCGCGCUGCAAACCUCGAGCCCUGGUCGUAGAUGGAAAGACACUGACGUUCAUAUUGGAUCCCAAGUCGAAGUUGAUUCUGCCUUUCCUCAAGUUGGCCAAGGGAUGCGCUUCGGUGCUCUGCUGUCGUUCUACUCCACUGCAAAAGGCCUAUUUGGUCAAAGUAGUCAAGGAGGAGCUCAAUCUACGUACGCUUGCUAUUGGCGAUGGGGCCAAUGAUGUCUCAAUGAUACAAAUGGCCGAUGUGGGCGUUGGUAUCUCUGGCCAGGAAGGCAUGCAAGCGGUCAUGGCAGCUGACUUUACGCUCUCACGUUUCCGCUACUUGGAGCGGCUGCUGCUCGCACAUGGUUACUGGUGCUAUGAUCGCUUGGCACGCAUGAUACUCUACUUUUUUUAUAAGAAUGCGGCUUUUGUUUUCCUGAUAUUCUGGUAUCAAUUAUACUGCGGCUUCUCCGGCUCUGUAAUGAUGGACCAAAUGUAUCUAAUGCUUUACAACUUAUUGUUCACCUCACUGCCUCCCCUUGCGAUUGGUGUCUAUGACAACCGAGUGCCAGAAGACUUGCUAUUGAAAAAUCCAUAUCUGUACAAAAAUGGUCGCUUGGGUCUCGCCUACAGGCCACACGACUUUUGGCUGAUUCUUUUAGAUGCCCUAUAUCAAUCUCUUGUCAUAUUUUUUGUUGCCCUCUGCGCCUAUUCGGAAAGUGAUGUCGGAAUCUGGGAAUUUGGUACAACCAUAACGGCGAGCUGCCUGUUUGCAAAUCUAGUGCACUGUUGCAUUGAAAUACGUUCCUGGACGCUGCUCCAUGUGCUAUCAAUAUUGAUAAGUCUGGGCGCCUUUUAUCUAUUCUCCGUUGUCUACAAUUCUUUGUGUGUUAACUGUUUUGGACUGCCCUCUACUUACUGGGUUAUCUUUAAAUGUAUUGCAUCUGCAGUACACUGGUUGGUUAUAUUACUUUCCACGGUGGUUGCUGUGCUCCCUCGCUUGGUUCUUAACACUGUACGUACCUCUAUGUGCCCCGACGACAGCACCAAGGUCAUUCUUCAGAGCAAACGCGAGCAGGGUAGAGGUGAGAGUUUGUUAGUUACAUGGUCGCGCUCGACGUCAGCCUCAUCAAUUUAUAGAAUCGCCGAUUAUGGGUCUAAGAAUCAGAUUAUAACAUCGAUUACCUGAUCCAGCGUCAACCGGCGAAAUUCUCAGACGCGACACUCACUACAAACCAACCGUUACCCAUGUACUUUUAGUUUAAAUAUGUGGCCUUUCGACACCGAUUAGUAUAACUUAAAUUAGACACUUUCAUAGACAAGCGCCAACUCUUUCGUUUAUGAUAUUAAUUAAUUGUAGCUAUAUUUAGUAGAAAUUUAAAUAGAAUGAUUGCCGACUAAUCCGUUAAGAUUAAAACAUUUUAGUUCGAGUUUUGGCUUCAAAUUGAAUCGGAUCAAUGAACCAUUAAAGUUAUAUGCGUGUAGUCGUUCAUUAAUAUUUAUUUGUAUAUAAGUAGAAAUUUGAUUUACGUAUGUAUUUAGUGCACAUAGCCACGUUACAUGGCGUAAUUCUAAAAUUAAAAACGCAACUCUAAUUAAACAUAACUGAUUAAAAUAAUAUCAUGUUGAUUUAUAUGUCUGCAUGCAAUGCAUAUGGAUUAAUUAAGCGUCUUUUACGCAUAUUUAUGUACUAUAUACCACAAAAGAGAGACGAAAUCUUUUAAUACUGGACAAUUCAAACAUUACCGAACUUCAAUGUUCGAUGUUCGUGAAAAGGCUGUGAUUCUACACUCAUGAGAAAUAUAUUUAUACAUAAGAGACA